CACCAGUGCCCAUCAGUGCAGCCUAGAAGUGCCGCCAGUCUGUGCCCAGCAGUUGCCCCAGUCAAUGCCCAGAAGUGCAGCCAGUCAGUGCCCAGCAGUGCCGCCUGUCAGUGCCGCCUAUCAGUGACGACUAUCAUGAUGCCAGUCAGUGCCGUCUAUCAGUACCCAUCAUCAGUGUCACCUAUCAGUGCCGCCUAUCAGUGCUGCAUAUUAGUGCCGCCUAUCCGUGACACCUCAUUAGUGCUGUCUAUCAGUGCCACCUAUCCGUGCCACCUCAUUAGUACUGCCUAUCAGUGCCCUUUAGUGCUGCCUAUCAGUGCCGCCUAUCCGUGCCCAUCAGUG